AUGGCCAAUUAUUUAAAUUUUAUUGAAGACUUUAGCUUAGAUAAGGGAAUUUUAAUGGAUAAUCUACAUACAUAUUGGAAACAUAUUUCAAGUCUAAAAUAUGCUGCUCUUGUUAUAUUUGUUAAACAUAUUCUUGCUCUUGUUCCUCAUGCUGCUAAAACAGAAAGAUGUUUUUCAACUCUUGGAUAUCAUAAUACAAAAUACCAUAAUAAUAUAAAAACUA